AUGAAAAGAAGAGAUGACAUGAACAUGUUUGAAUUCCUCCAUGAAGAAUUAAAAGCUGAAAUUUUCGAAAAGCUGCCGGUAAAAACCCUAGUACGUUGCACCUCCGUCUGCAAGCCAUGGAAUUUUCUCAUAAAAGACUCCGCCUUUAUCCGCAAUCAAUCGAAAAUCACUCGCAGCCAUGCUCCCUUAGCCCUUUGUUUCCGCCAUUAUUUCAACUACGAGCUCAGAGUAAACCAAUCAGACACUCACUACGUCUCCCUCAACAACCCAGAUCCCGAGAUCUGCCGAAUCCAGGAUUUUCCUCUCGCGCAUUACAGCGAACACUUCUGGCUCACUGGUUCCGUCAAUGGCUUACUUUGCGUUGUUGGUGACGAUUACGAAGAGAAAUCCGAUGAGCUGUCUCGUCCCCAAACUUUGAUCCUCUGGAAUCCAUCGAUUCAAAAAUCUAUGAUUCUUCCAAACCCUAAUUUAUUGUUCCAUACUCGCUGCCUUGUUGGAUUUGGAUACGAUUCCCGCAGCGACGACUACAAGUUAUUGAAGAUGAUCAAUUUUUAUGACUCUGCAGGUUUCAGAUCGGUAGCUGAAGUUUUUUCGCUCAAUUCCGGCUCAUGGAAGAUUAUGGAUUCUCGGAGCAUCCCACAUUGCGAGAUUUGCUAUGUUCCGGGUAGCCAGGCUAUUGUUAAUGGGAUUAUUCAUUGGCAUUUUCGCAAAGAUAAAUGUAAUAUGUUAUUGGGGUUCAAUGUGACCGAUGAGACUUUUCAGGAAAUUGAUAUGCCGGAAGAUUUGACUUCCCCGUCAAUUGAUCCGUUGGCGUUAGAUGUAUUGGCAUAUAAUGAUUCAACAGUCGGUAUCGUCUUCAGAGAAAGGCAGCGUAAUGAUGUGCUUAAUCACUUAUGGAUAAUGAAAGAUUAUGGUGUGUCGAGUUCGUGGAUAAAGGUUUUCACUAUGGCAGGUAUCGGGAGACGCCUAUAUCCGUGGUCACGUAUUGGAGUGUCGACGCUGAUAGGAUGGUUUGGGCAGGAAUUGUUCUAUAGUAGAGACCCUGAAAAUAUUAUUUUUGGGAUCAACUUAGUAAAUGGGCAAGUUAGGUGCCAUGAUUUUUUAUCAGGAAAAAGUUGUACUUUUAUUACUAGUUAUGUAGAAAGUUUAGUGUUGCUCAAUAGAUGA